GCCUUGAGUUCAUGAAUCAUUUACAGCAAGGGGAACAGCCAGUGACUGAAAACUGAGAAAGUAAAACUUAACUGGGACUUUGGCAGGUAUGGCUGUUUCUGGUGGUCCCGUCCAGAGUCUGUGCGAUGAAGCUACUUGCUCCAUCUGCCUGGAAUAUUUCAAGGAUCCAGUGACCAUCCCAGAGUGUGGGCACAACUUCUGCCGAUCUUGCUUGGUCCAGUGCUGGGGGAAACUGGAGGCAGAGGCUUUCUGCCCACAGUGCAGAAUAACUGUCCAGCCAAGGAGCCUCAUCUCCAACUGGCAACUGGCCAACGUGGUAGAAAUAGCCAAGAAGCUCAGCCUUCCCCUUCAGGAAGGGAAGGUCUGUGAGAAGCACCAGGAGACCCUGAAACUCUUCUGCAAAGUCCAUGAAGCCCCCAUCUGUGUGGUUUGUGACAGAUCCAAGGAACAUGAAAACCACAAGGUGAUUCCUCUGGAGGAGGCCUCUGAAGAGUACAAGGUAGGAAAUCACUGUGGAUCUUAAUGAGGGGAAGAGUGGUGGAUUCUUCCUGGGCCGUUUUCCGUAGCACUUAAGUCCAAACUGCAUUAAAUCAAUUGCCCAAACAUCAAUUGUUUAUUAUGUAAAAGGCAGCAAAGGAGAAACCUGAGCAGUGUAGGGGUAGGUUCCAAAGGGAGCUUGCAUACCCUCCAACAUUUCUAUGAUGAAAAUAGGGUCGUCCUAUUCCAUCAUAAUAAUAAUGAUAUUUAUGCCCCACCCAGCUUUCAAUACACAUAAAAACAUAAUAAAACAUUUAACAUAAUCCCCACCCCAAUACAGGGUUGCUUUCAGAUGCCUUCUAAAUUGGACUCCUCUCUCUCUCUCUCUCUCUCCCUCUCUCCCUCUCCCUCUCCCUCUCCCUCUCCCUCCCCCUCCUUCCCUCCCUUCCUCCCGCUCUUUUUCUUGGUCUUAAUCAAACCUGGGAUUUUGUUUCCUCUUUAGAGACUGAUUUGCAGCCGCCUGGAGACUGUGAGGAGAGAGAGAGAGAAAAUGCUGGCCUAUCGAGAAGACCUGGAAAAGCAAAGUCAAGACCUCCUUGUAGGUGUCCCUGUUGUUACUAGGAUGGGAACAAGCAUUUGAAUACACUGGUACCUCGGGUUAAGUACUUAAUUCAUUCCGGAGGUCCGUUCUUAACCUGAAACUGUUCUUAACCUGAAGCACCACUUUAGCUAAUGGGGCCUCCCGCUGCUGCUGCGCCGCUAGAGCACGAUUUCUGUUCUCAUCCUGAAGCAAAAUUCUUAACCCGAGGUGCUAUUUCUGGGUUAGUAGAGUCUGUAACCUGAAGCGUCUGUAACCUGAAGCAUAUGUAACCCGAGGUACCACUGUAAUCAAGUCAGGACUUAAAAAGCACUGGCAAAUCUGUCCCAUACCAGCUUCUCCCCGUUUUUCCACAUCAGCAUGCGAUUUUGAAUUUUAGAAAGUCCUUUCUGUGUUAUUUGCAUUCAUAAACAAUUUUAAUGCCUACUUUACCCUCAAAUGUGCAUUUUUGUGCACAUUAUCUGACCAGAGUAACAUUCAGAGGAGUGUUAAUUUGAAAUGAAUGCUGUUUUUCCGUCUGCGUAUUUUUUUGGAGAGUGACUAUCAGCUAAGUUCACCUUUGAAUGCAAACUGGAUUGAAUUUGUUCCCCCGAGGCAGCCCAGCCCUAUUGAAUAUAAAGUACUUGGGAUAUCCUGAAGGACCAUACAAGUGGUUAAUGAAAGGUCUUUUGAAAUGUGCACUCUGUUGUUAAUCUUUAGCAAAGUCAGGCCAUCCUGAAGCCUUAAUGUAAACAGCGGUGCUCUGGGGAUGAACAGGCUAGCUAUGCCCUCUUCCUCUGUUUCUGUUGCCUUCCUAUUUAUGGAAGUGUUCAGUCUAAAGUGAGCAGCAUUUAAUGUCCGUGGAGGCUCCCUGAAUAUUUUAGAACUGUGAUUAUGCCAGGUCCAAAUAUGUGCAAGGAACCUCCAUGGCUAGAAAAAAAAAAGCUCAUUGCUUUAGGCAAACUGGAAGGCAGCAAGCAGGAAUAGCCGUGGAGAGGGCAGAGCAAGUGUGUUCCUGAGUCAGGGCUCCAUGUUUCUUACUUCUACCUGCUUCUUGCAGAAAUUAACAAAAACUGAGAAGCAGGGGACAGAGGAGAAGUUUAGACAACUGCGCCAGUUUCUGGAAGCGAAAGAAAAACAUCUGCUGCAGGAGAUAGAAGAGGUGGAGCUGGAGGUUGCAAGAAGAAGGGAUGAGCAGCUGGCCAGACUCUCCAGGGAACUCUCCUCUCUUGAGAGGAUCAUUCAGGAGAUGGAAGAGAAACGACAGAAGCCAGCAAGUGAACUCCUGCAGGUAAGAUGGCAGGAGGAACAGCACAAGGCUCCACUCCAGGAGAAGGGCUUUCUCCAAAUCUUUUUGUGCCUCUAUACAAGCAGUAAAGAAACUCAGCUUUUUCACAGGAGCUGCCAAGAAAACUGGUGUGGUUUUGAAGCCUUAUUUACCUAGGGAUCCAUCAGCCACGCCAUCCCCGGACCUUGGAGGGAACAAAAGUACCAGGAAAGCAAAAUCUUCUUUGGAGAAAAAGUUUAUUGAAAUCUGUGCACAGAGACAAUAUCUGUACACAGAGACAACCAGCUGGAUAGCUCCUGAAAAUAUACUGGCUGUAAAGCAAGACACUUCAGCAAACUUUCUUAUACUCUCUGAGCACUCUCCUCCCUCCCAUACCUUCUCAAAUUAUUCCCUUACAUGGCACAUCUAUAUUGCUUGCUAAACACAUUUUAUUGCUUGCUAAACAUUCCUGUCUUUCUAUUUUGCUUGCUAAACACAUUUUAUUGCUUGCUAAACAUUCCCUCCCCUCUCCUUCGUACACGUGUCUUUUCUCAUCUUUGCAUUAGUAAGCAUAAGACAGGAAAGGGGGCCUCUUUAGCAGGCCUGGUUAAAUCUGCACUUUUGACCCGCCAGCCAAAUUUAGUAGGUCUGGUUAGUUAUUGCUAACAGCAGCGGUUUCUUGCUAGCUGGCUAGGCAGGAAACGAACUUUUGACCUGUCAGCCAAAUUUUGCAAGCAGUCACUGGCGGUGUGCUAACUGUCUGGCCAAAAUUUGCAGAAGUAAGAUUAGCACAGGAUUAGCACAGGAAUUUACUGCAGAUAGUAUUUGAGAGCAACCUUUCUUAGGUACAGAGUUCUAAGCACAGAAAAUAUUGAGAGAAACCUUUUCCAUCUCCCUUUACUCCCUCCUCUUCUUUUGAACAAUCUAUUACUUAGAUUCGUUCUGGGGUAGGGGUCUAUAUUCUCUCAUUACAGCAAUCACGCGAGGUCCCAUCAUGCGAGACAUCAUCUUUCCCAUCAUAUUCUGCAAGCAUUGCAUCAAGCAGGGAAUACAAAAGCAAAAAAGCAAUAGAAGCAUUAUUGGGCCUAUCACCAUAGUAAAUAUCCUCCCCAUCCAUCCACCAUCGGGCAACCAAGAAUAUAACCAAUUCCAUGGAUCACCUUCUGUAGUUUUUAGCGGGUUUUCAGCUAUCAUUGUUUCCAUGUGGUCAAUUGUGGCCGAAAUGCUGACAUUAUUAUCUGGGAUAAACAUACAGCAAUGAAAAUGAACUAGCACACAAACUCCUCUCUAUGUUGAAGAUGUUACCAAUGGGAAUUCCAUGUAGCAUCAAACCUGGCCAUUUAGCAUAAGGUGGCAUGUGCAUACACAGCCAAUAAUUGGAAAGAUUUAGCAUUGUGGUGAACUUCCUCAAGGGUGAGAGCCUACCGGCGAGCUGAUGCUCCCACUAUGUGGGUCAACUUUUCUACUAACCCUGUUGGGUGGAUUGAACUCUCGUGCUGCCUCCCUACUGACCAGAGCAUAUGGAAGCUGAAAUCCUGGGGUGGCAAUUCUUACUGGCACUUGUUUAGCAAUUUCAAUGCACACCUGGUUAAGGCUCCCACCCCUGCAAUACUUGCAUUAAGAUAGGUUCCGUCCCAUCUAACGCCUGGAUUAAGAUUAGAACCUGGUCCAUCAGAUGAGGUUGGUACAGUAACCUCAUCAAACCCCUGUUUCCAGUAGUCAAUGAGCACGCCAUCUCUUACCACCGGCAAGACGAACCAGUCGUAGCAGAGGCCAGCAGGCCAGUAAGGGCGGUAUGGCUCGGUAGGGUCAGGGCUGUGGGGCAUAGAGCAAAUCAAUACAGAAUAUAACAGAAAAAAAGGAAAAGAGAAAGUCCUUAUGAAAGUAUUAAAUGUCCUGGUGGACUUCCUGGAUCAGUCCCGGCACGGGUUUUCACGUUGGGGACGCUGCCCGCGGGCGUCCCUCCCAUCCAUUUCUUCAGCUGUGCGUUGAGAUAUCAGCUUCCGGUGUGAUAUCAGCAGAGCGGUCAUCAGCGGAGGGUCUGGAGAUGGUCAGCCGAAGGGGUUAAUCAGGAUUUAACUGCACAGUUCAAUCUAUAGUGGUCACUCUGGUGUGGUGGACCCAAGGGGUGAUGCCGGCGAAUUUCACGGCGGUGGGUGUGGAGAGCAGGACGGUAUAAGGUUCCAGCACGGUUGUAGCUGCGUCCGUGCCCAAUCGUUUACCCACACUUCAUCACCUGGCUCGAACUGAUGCAGCCAACACACAGGGGUUGCGAGCCUGGGUCCACCUGUCGAGACAAAAGAAAACUCGGAAGAAUAUCUGGACUUAAUUAUUCAAUUGCAUAUCCUGACCAGCAUGUGGGGACAACAUUCUGACAUAUGGGACCGGUCUCCCAAGCACAAUUUCAAAGGGUGACAGGUGGGUUCGCUUUGACGGGAGACUGCGGACCCUGAGUAAUGCCAAGGGCAACAUGGUCACCCAAUUAGACCCGGUUUCCUGUGUCAGCUUGGACAGCUGAUUCUUUGGAGUCCUGUUCAUUCUCUCUACCUUUCCAGAACUCUGGGGUCUAUAAGCAGUAUGCAGCUUCCAGUUGAUCUGGAGCGCUUUUGCCAGUCCCUGUAGGACUGCAUGAACAAAUGCUGGUCCAUUGUCAGAUCCUAUGGACCUUGGCAAUCCAUAGCGAGGGAUGAUUUCCCUAAGCAGGCACCUGGUUACUUCAAAUGCCUUUUCAGUCUUUGUUGGCCAUGUUUCGGCCCAUCCGGUGUAGGUGCACACUGCCACCAGCAGGUAGCGGUGUAGUCCACAACGGGGUAAUUCAGUAAAGUCCACAACAAGAUCUUCCAUAGGUGCAGUUCCACUAUGCUGAAUUCCUGGGGGAGCUAGUGGUCCGGUUCUGGGAUUAUUCUUUUGACACAGCAGGCAUUUCCUGGAAAUCUGGGCUGCCAGUUGGUAGAGGUGGGCUAUAUAGAAGCAUUUCUCCAGCUGCUUGGUUGUAGCAUCUGGUCCUAUGUGGGUUGAAUCAUGGUAUCUCUGAGUAACCUGCCGAGAAAGGGACUCUGGAAUCCAUAUCCUGUCAUCAGGGGUAAGGUACCAUCCUUCUUUGGACAAUGUCAGCUCCUGAGCGUCUGCAGUGUCCCUUUCCUGCUUCGUAUAAGCUGGCUUGUCAGUGGUGCUUAAAAUCUCUUCUGGGACCAGUGCUCCAAUAACCGAGGCGGGGGCCAGUUCUUGGGCUGCUUCCUUGGCCACUCUGUCUGCCAAUCGGUUUCCUCUGGCCACUUCUCCUGGUCCAGUCUUGUGUCCAUAACAAUGGAUAACUGCCACUGCCUCGGGCUCCCAUACAGCAUCCAGAAGGUUCAACAAGGCUUGUGGGUGGGCCACCUGGCUUCCUCUGGAGGUAAGCAAACCUCUUUCUUUCCAUAAGGCUCCAUGGGCAUGUAAAGUCAGGAAUGCAUACUUAGAAUCUGUAUAAAAGUUUAUCUUCUGUCCCUUUGCCAGGCUCAGGGCUCUGGUAAGCGCAGUUAGCUCUGCCAGCUGGGCCGAUGUUCCAGGCGGGAGUGACUUUGCUUCGAUCACCUGGUCUUCCAGGGCUACCACUGCAUAACCUGCCUUCCAGUGUCCAGCCUCAAUGAAGCUGCUUCCAUCCAUAAACCAUGAUGGCCACUGGGGGUCUGCUUCAUCUUUAAGGUCAGGCCUGCUAGAAUACACCUCAUCCAUUACUUCAAUGCAAUCAUGCGUGGGCUCCUCACCUACUCCUACCGGUAAUAGGGCAGCUGGGUUGAGGGUUGUGGUGACUUGGAAUUUCUAACGCGGAUGUAGUAGCAUCUGACAUUUCCUCAUUUUAGCCUGGGAGAGGAAAUAGGUGCCUUUCGGCAGAUGGCACGCUGACUCUUUCCUAAGCGGCCUCGCCCUCCUCUUCUUCUUCUAACGGUGGACCUCCCGUCUUCAGGGCCAUCAACUUCUUUGCCUGGUACUUCUCCUUUUUUCUUCUGGGCCUCUUCCUCUCUCUGAUUAUAAGUGGUUUGGGCUAUUUUCUAACAUCCAUUUCAGGGUGUGGCCCAUCUGGAUUUUUCGGCAAAUAUCGGGCGCUGCUUGGGCUACAAAGGCAGUUUUUAUGAUAGGGGCAUGGAUAUACUGGCGGUAGGCUUCCUUCAGCUUCUUUAAGUAGGCUCCAGGGGCCUCCUCUGUUCCUUGCACUAUUUCUCUGGCCUCCACAAAGUUGGUGAGUUUUCUGGCUGCCCUCCUCAUGCCAUUUAAGACAUUCUGGCGAUAAGUGGUGAGGGUAUUUUGCCCUUCAAUGGUCUGAUAAUCCCAAUUCAGUGUAGUUUCAGGAUAUCCUGUUGCAACAGCUUGAUCUCCUGCCCCCUGCGCUCUCAUGUGUGCCCGGGCUUCAGCAUGAAUUCGCCUAUCCUCCUCUGUAGCUAGCAGGGCAUCCAUCAAAUAUUGCACAUCAUAAAAAGUGGGGUUGUAUGUUUUAAAAAAAAUUCCCUCAAACAGCUUAAUGAUUUUGGCAGGGUUUUCUUCAAAUGAAGGGUUUUGGUUCUUCCAAUUACAAACAUCUGCACUAGAGGAGGGGACAUGUUGAACUGUAUAAGUUCUAUUGGGCACCACCCCGUUAGGUCCCGUGGGGGCUGGAGGGUCAUACACUCUAUGGAGAGGCAUCACUCUGGCCGCGCCCUCCUCCUGUGUUUUAUGUGCCCUAUGGAGGGUCACUCUUUUCACUGCCUUCCCCACUCUUUCUGCCACUUUCUUCUCUGUUCCCCUACACAUCCCACUGUUUUUAACAUAUGGGGACUGACGUCCACUUCUCCUGCAUAAGGUUCCACAUACUUUCUCAAACGUUCUGCCUGUUCUUAUUAUCACCUAUCAACUUAACUAAUCUUUUUACAAAUUCCUCAUCCUCACCAUCCUCUUCUCGUUCCUCCCUUUCUCCAUCCUCGCCCAGGUCUACCAAUGCAUUGUCCACGGGAUUGGGGGCUGGGCCAUCUGUUCCCUGUGGCGGGGGUGGUGCCAGGGCUGUUGCCGGGGCAUGAGGCGGUGGGGCAUCAAAACUUUUAUCUUCUUCCCUCUCUGAAUCCUGGAGGACUGGGGGGUUGUCCUCCUGUCUUCCUGACUGAGCAGAUACGGCUGCCUGAGACUUUUUGGCAGCAUGACUUCAGCCAGGGGGGGGGGGUUCUGUUCCACAUUGGUCUUCCAUGUGGAAAUGUAGGGGAUUUGAUCAGGGUGGACAUUCAAAAUGUUCUGAUAUAAUGGAUUAAUGAGUUGCAAAUCAAGGGUCCUGAUGGACGGCCAAUUUGUUAUUUUGGGGUGGGCCAAUCUAAUUUACACAAUGUCCUCAUCCUCCCCUCUCAUCAGCUUGAAUCCCCAAAAGCAUUUCAAAGGGGUACUUUUACUUUGGCCAGAACCCAUUUCUUCCAGAUACUUCACACACAACAGACCUACAAUCGCUCGGCCAAGGGGACACUAAGCCCUGGCCCACACUUGACAAUUCAGCCACUAGAGUAUCUUGACAUGCAACAUACAACAUACAAAACACACCAAUAUAAUUUCAACAUGUAACACACUAAACACACCAAAAUAAUUUCAGCAUGCAAUACACAAAACACACCAAAAUAAUUUUCCCUCCUUCUUCUGUUCCAAAUUUUUGCUGGUGGCACUCUCCUGCACAACCAAUCCCCUUAUUCCUGGUGGCUGGCACUCUACUGCGCAACCAAUCCCCUUAUUCCUGGUGGCUGGCACUCUACUGCCCAACCAGGUGAGGCUGAUCAGACCUCGCCCCCCUUUUCCUUGGGGGCCCACGCCCUUUCCCUUGGGCUUACCUUUUUCCGCUGCGGACCUGUCCCCUCGGCGCCGUCCUCUUUGUUUUUCUCCCUCAACAAGAUGUCUCCACUGCAGGACAGUGUGGCUGGCUCCCCCCACGAAACAGGUGGGGUGCGCACGGGAGCCUGCAAACGCUGCUGAGCUGUUCACCUUGGUUGAGCCUGGCCCUCCGGUCCGUAUUGGGGAGAGGGCUUAUCCCGGACGAGCCCCCAAAGAAAUGAAGCCUUAUUUACCUAGGGAUCCAUCAGCCACGCCAUCCCCGGACCUUGGAGGGAACAAAAGUACCAGGAAAGCAAAAUCUUCUUUGGAGAAAAAGUUUAUUGAAAUCUGUGCACAGAGACAAUAUCUGUACACAGAGACAACCAGCUGGAUAGCUCCUGAAAAUAUACUGGCUGUAAAGCAAGACACUUCAGCAAACUUUCUUAUACUCUCUGAGCACUCUCCUCCCUCCCAUACCUUCUCAAAUUAUUCCCUUACAUGGCACAUCUAUAUUGCUUGCUAAACACAUUUUAUUGCUUGCUAAACAUUCCUGUCUUUCUAUUUUGCUUGCUAAACACAUUUUAUUGCUUGCUAAACAUUCCCUCCCCUCUCCUUCGUACACGUGUCUUUUCUCAUCUUUGCAUUAGUAAGCAUAAGACAGGAAAAGGGGGCCUCUUUAGCAGGCCUGGUUAAAUCUGCACUUUUGACCCGCCAGCCAAAUUUAGUAGGUCUGGUUAGUUAUUGCUAACAGCAGCGGUUUCUUGCUAGCUGGCUAGGCAGGAAACGAACUUUUGACCUGUCAGCCAAAUUUUGCAAGCAGUCACUGGCGGUGUGCUAACUGUCUGGCCAAAAUUUGCAGAAGUAAGAUUAGCACAGGAUUAGCACAGGAAUUUACUGCAGAUAGUAUUUGAGAGCAACCUUUCUUAGGUACAGAGUUCUAAGCACAGAAAAUAUUGAGAGAAACCUUUUCCAUCUCCCUUUAGUUUACUAUUCCCCUUAAUGCAGACUGGAGAUGCUUACUCAGUGUUAAUAGAAUGUGGUGUUCUGUGCUUAGCCAAAGAUUUUCUCCUAAUGCAUUCUAUUUUUGCAGUGCUGCCUUCAUGUCCUGUUGUGGGCUUCCCAGAGGCUGCUCUGGCUGCCUUAGAGCUAAGCAAAAUUAAAAUUAAGCAAAGGAGAAGUGAGCCUUAACAUUGAGCACAAUCACAUUUUUUAAUCCAAAUUGACACUCCCACCUUUCUGCAUUCAGAUUUUCAAUUUCUGCCCUCCAGACAGACAUUGAGGCCAACUUCAGUCAUGAUAAAUGUUAUGAAAGUGUCAUCAAAAAAUGCAAUAGCUUUACAACUCGGCACAAAUGUAAAUGGUCUGUGGUGGUUGGGGUGUUUAUGUAAGCCCACUGAGAAACCUGUCAUUGGUUUGAGAAAUAUCGCCCAUCAUUAUAUGGUCUCUACCAACCACCUCACAAUUCCUUGACCUUUUCCUGAACAUUUUUCUGUGAAAGAAACAAUGAGGGGUUGUAAUGCCCCAAUUCACUGACAUUUGCUGGGGUAAGAAACUCAGCUGGACACAAAAAUUCAUUGCAUCAUAUACUGCAGGUGGUUUCAGCUGGCUGGCUGAAAUUUGGCGAUGUUCUACAAAUGGCUUUGGGGGGAAAUGUUCUAGAAGGACUAAACUGUAGGCCUCCUGAUGUCUAAAUUGCACAAUGAGAAGUGUGUUGGGAGGGAUUUUUUUGCACACAAAAUUAAACGCAGGUUGAUAAGUUAAAACUGCCUCAGACCUGUUUUGUUUGCCGUUUAUGCAAUAUGCAAACUGAAUCAUAGCCAUCCACCAGCAUUUGCAAUUCUCUAGAUUUUCUAGUGAAAUUCUCAAGCCAAGUAAUCUGAACUUGCAUACAAAAUUGGCUACAAAGGUGUGUUUGGGGAGAAAUUCGCACUAAAAUGUUGAUGUGGAAUUGUGGAGAACUGAACUUCAGAUUGUAAAAUUAAAAACUGACUGAAACCAAUAUUGGCUGAUUUAGCCAUUCUUGCUCAAAUCUUUGAUGUGUGCCAGGCAGACUGAGAUUAGAGGACCAGGCUGCAUCCAUUCCAGGGUCUGAAGUGCCUUCAAAGUGUGGCCUUUUAUAGGCAGUGAUUGCUGUUAUCUUUUCCCCUCUAGGAUGUGAGAAGCACCUUGCAGAAGUAAGUGGAUCCUGCUCAUUUCCAUUAGCAUCUCUCUGAGGUCAGGAAAGGUCCAGGACCCCAACACAUAAAACCUGGUACAGAAGGGGCUCCUGGGGGAGAGGCGGUAGGACUCCACACUCUACAGCAGGGAUCAGCAAACUUUUUCAGCAGGGGGCCAGUCCACAGUCCCUCAGGCCUUGUGGGGGGCCAGACUAUAUUUUGGAAGGGAAACAAAGAAUGAAUUCCUGUGCCCCACAAAUAACCCAGAGAUGCAUUUUAAAUAAAAGGACAUAUUCUACCCAUGUAAAAACAUGCUGAUUCCAGGACUGUCUGUGGGCCAGAUUUAGAAGGCGAUUGGGCUGGAUCCGGCCCCUGGGCCUUAGUUUGCCUAUCCAUGCCCUACAGCAUCUCACACGUAAAAAUAGGGCCCUCUCCUUUGCUAUUGUAGCAAUCUAAUUCUUCUUCCAAGGAUCAAGGCCAGAGCACGGCCUCCUCCUUCCCCGUCACAUAGGGCUGGAGACUCUUCUCUGCCUCUUGCACGUUGCAUUCACUGACUCUGCAAUACAUAGUGUCAAGCAUAUAAAAGAAAGUGGCUCAAAGAUGCUUGUGAAUAGCUCAGUACCUACGAACAUGUUUCAAUGUCCAACUAGUUUUUCCUCAAAGUAUGGUGAGCAACAGAAAGGUGCCCACCUCUGUUAACUCUCUCUCUCUUAGGUAUUUUUGGAGGGGAGGUUAGUGAAUCUGGAAUAAGCUGAUUGUUUUUUUUCCUCAGAGGUGGGAUUGUUGUGAUUUUGCAUCAGCGGGCAAACUCAGAGGCCUGGGGUUGCUGCUUUGGCCCUCAGAUAUCUGACUGUGGAGCCUGUAGUGAGGAAGAAUUGAGCCCCUCUGUGCCUGCCUGACCCUAUAGGCUUUUUUCAACUCUCUUUCUCAUUUCCUUUCUUUUACUGUGCUAGGAAUUGUGGUUUUGAAUGGGCUAACAUUAUUUUUCUUCUCACCAGGUAUGAGAAAAGAGAGAGAUUGGAGGCUCCAUGUGCUUUCCCUCCACAGCUGAAUGAGAGGCUCUCCAAACUCUGUGAUAUAAAUAGUAUGCUCGAGGAUGUGAUGAAGCAAUUCAAAAGUAAUGAGAAAUGGCUGCGAGGAUUUUAUUCUGGGCAUUUUAUUGGUCCAAAACUGGGUAUGCCAGUCUCUUAAUGUAUUGCAUUGUCUUGUAUUUUGUUUUUGCUGCAGACAGGGAUGUUCCCAUAAUACCUUCCUUCUUGGUGGUCCAGCCAUCAUCUUAUUUUCCUCAGAAUGCCCUAUAUACAUUGUCACUCUGGUGCAUGGGGGGUUAGAGGAAAGAAAUGGUGGCUGCCACAAAGAGAAAGACCCUGAACCAGAGUGCAGAGAAAAGUCAAGAUUUCCCCCCUCAAUGUACAUCUGGGCUGGCCCUUUUGGAGGUUCUCAAACUCUGAAGGGCAGUGUGAAAGGGCAUUUUGUACCACCCUGUUCCCCUCUUUGCCUCCUCCUGCUUAGCCGUGUCUCCCAGCAGUGAAGCAAAGCCCUGAUCUGUGUCCUCAGACACCCACCCACAGCUGCCCUAUCUAGGGCUGCCACAAACACAAUCUCCUGAGAGUUCACAAAUUAAUUAUGAAAUCAAGUGCACAUGAGCCCCAAAGGGCACAAUUAUGUUUCUUAAUAGCAUGGAAGAUUUUUAAAAGGUUUGAGGGGAGGAAUUCCUUUUGCACGAGAGCUCUGCCAUUCCUUCCUCUACAAGCUGAGUUUCUCAUAAGAUUUAAUGAUUCUGGCUUAAACAAAAUCCCUCACCACUUUACUUUGGGGAGUUAUCAAGGCUGCCUCUAUCUCCCCUCUGCAUCCUUUUACAGGAUUGCUGUUACGCUGCCUCCCCUCCAGUCCUCCACUAUAGACCCCAAAUUUAGUGACAGCAUUCAUAGACCAAAAAAUUAAAGAAUUGUCCAGUAGCACUUUAGAGACCAACUAAGUUUGUUCUGGGUAUAAGUUUCGUGUGCAUGCACACUUCUUCAGAUACACGCGCAUGAAAGCUUAUACUCAGAACAAACUUAGUUGGUCUCUAAGGUGCUACUGGACAAUUUUUUAUUUAUUUUAUUUAUUUCGACUGCGUCAGACCAACAUGGCUACCUACCUGAAUCUACAUUCAUAGACCAUCGCUUUUUUUGCUGAAUAUUUUUAUUCUGCUGCUUUUAAGUCUAGUUUAUCACUGCUGAGUUUUAAAAUUCUAGUUAUUUUCAUUGGUUCUUUCUAUUAUUUCCUUGUUUUAAAAUAUUUGUUCUACUACCUAAUAUUUUACUUGAUUUAAGGAAACUAUAGCUACUAUAGGGACGCGGGUGGCGCUGUGGGUUAAACCACAGAGCCUAGGACUUACCUAUCAGAAGGUCGGUGGUUCGAAUCCCUGCAACGGGGUGAGCUCCCGUUGUUCGGUCCCUGCUCCUGCCAACCUAGCAGUUCAAAAGCACGUCAAAGUGCAAGUAGAUAUAUAGGUACUGCUCUGGUGGGAAGGUAAACGGUGUUUCUGUGCGCUGCUCUGGUUCACCAGAAGUGGCUUAGUCAUGCUGGCCACAUGACCCGGAAGCUGUACGUCGGCUCCCUCGGCCAGUAAAGCAAGAUGAGCGCCGCAACCCCAGAAUCGGUCACGACUGGACCUAAUGGUCAGGGGUCCCUUUACCUUUACCUUUAUAGCUACAUUAUGAAGUGUAAUUUUUGUACAAAUAUUUAUUGUAAUGUUUUAUGUUUUUAUAUAUGUUGGAAGCCACCCAGAAUGGGUGGGGCAACCCAGUCAGAUGGGCAGGGUACAAAUAUAAUUACUAUUAUUAUUAUUGCUGUUAUUAUUAUUAUUGGAGGUACAAGAGUAUAACGCUUAAACUCCAUAUCGUUUUGCUUCCUCAGACUCUCUUUUAUUCAGACAACAGCUUCAGAAAGGUAAAUUUCUGACUGAGGCCCAAAUUCAUCUGCGGGAUGGGGACUGGAUGAUGCUCUCCGCUCCUGGCAGGGGUGAAACUAGGCUUUCUGUCACCCAGGUCAAAGACCAAGUUGGGCACCCUGCCACACACAUUUAUGUACACACACAGUAAAUGGCCAACAGGCUGUGACCCUCACUGGUGCCCUCUGGGAGCUUCACCCGGGGCAAAAGUACUGGCUACACACACCCCAGCUAUGGCUCUGCCUCCUGGCCUGGACAUCUUGGUUGGCUGCUUAGCUCCGGAGUCCUAUCUAGCCGAGGUGGGUGUAGGUCCCAAUCACUGACAGUGAAUUAAUUUUGUCUUGAAUGAUUUCUAGUUCAUCUUCAAAUUCAUUCUCUUCCAUGUGUUUUUCACUCUUUGAGUCUCUAAUAAUAAUAAUAACAAUAAUAAAUUUUAUUUAUAUCCCGCCCUCCCCAGCCGAAGCCGGGCUCAGGGCGGCUAACAACAAUAAAACAGUAUAAAAGUAUAACAUAAACAACACUCUAAAAUCAUUCAUUGUAAAAUUAAUUAAUUCAGGCCACUGGCAACCAUUGGGCCAGAGCUCCGCGAAGAUUGCCAAGGGAGGGAGUCAGGCUGUGCCCUGGCCAAAGGCCUGGUGGAACAGCUCUGUCUUGCAGGCCCUGCGGAAAGAUGUCAAGUCCCGCAGGGCCCUGGUCUCUUGUGACAGAGUGUUCUACCAGAUCGGAGCCACAGCCGAAAAGCCCUGGCUCUAGUUGAGGCCAGCCUAACUUCUCUGUGGCCUGGGACCUUCAAGAUGUUUUUAUUUGAAGACCGUAAGUUUCUCUGUGGGGCAUACCAGGAGAGGCGGUCCCGUAGGUACGAGGGUCCUAGGCCGUAUAGGGCUUUAAAGGUUAAAACCAUCACCUUAAAUCUGAUCCUGUACUCCACCGGGAGCCAGUGCAGCUGGUGUAGCACCGGGUGAAUGUGAUCUCGCAGCGAAGACCUCGUAAGGAGUCUCGCUGCAGCAUUCUGCACCCGCUGGAGUUUCUGGGUCAGUCUCAAGGGCAGCCCCACGUAGAGCGAGUUACAAUAAUCCAAUCUGGAGGUGACCGUCGCAUGGAUCACAGUGGCUAGGUCCAUGGGCGCAUGGGCGUAGCCAGGAAUUUUUUUUUGGGGGGGCAGGCUUUCAGUAGGGGGUUUGUCAGGAUUGGCACUGUCCAUAAUAAAUCCAGUUGCAGCAGACGUAACUUAAACUUGCAAUAACUUAUAAUAAGUCUAAACCGUAACAGUAUAUACAGAACACCACACCAGAAGGAAGGAGAUAAGAAGCGAAACCCAGGCUCCUUCUGGCCUUAUUAUUGAUUAUAAACAGCAUGACCUUGACAGAAAGAGAGAACAGAACCAGUUUAACCAGCUUAUUUUCAAGCUGAUUUGUUGAGCAACUGCAGGUUUAAAAAAGCAGUCAGCACUGAGUUUCUUCCUGAAUCAGUUACAGAAAGGGAAACACCCAGUUACUGAAAACUGAGAAAGUGAAACUUAACUCCUUCUCUGGAGUGAGGAAGCCACUCUUUGUGCUGAAGCCACUUGCUCCAUCUGCCUGGAGUAUUCCAAGGAUCCAGUGAUCAUCCCAGAGUGUGGGCACAACUUCUGCAAGCCUGCUUGAUCUAGGAUUGCCAUAUUUCAAAAAGUAAAAUUCAACCUGACAACCACAAAGGUCUGAGUAACCACUGUUAUAUUCUUCAGUGGGGUCGUUCCAUGACAGAUCACCACAAUUUUUCAAAUUAUUAUUAGCUACUACAUCUCAGAUUUUGCUUAAAAUUGCUGUACUGGAUUAUCUCAGGUCAGUGUCAAAAGUGAAUAAAUAUUUCCUAUGUCUUAUAGUUUUCAAGUUGGGGGGGGGAUGAAAAUUAGAGAAACGUUAUAUACAUGCAUGAAUCAAGUCGCUUCUGGGGACUUUAUGGGGUUUUGGGCCCUGGAGCUUAAGCUUCCUUAGUUUAUAGCAGAUCCACUUCUGGGUAGAAUAGGUUGAUGGGUCUCUGCACUGACACUCUCCCCAACUCUAAGCAUAAUGAGGGCAUCUAAGAGUGAAUGCCUGUUCUCUGCUUAUCUGAACUGGGGGGCCCUCAUCACCCACCCACUGAGAGCCCCAAAUGGCCAUAUCAUACAGAGAUGCCUAAGGAGGGCAAGUCCCCUUCUCUCCUACUCCCCCCUCCCAUUCACAAACACAGAAGAGCUGAGUAAAGGUUCACUAGGUGGUUUUGUUUCAUUGUAAAUACUGGUACAUUGAAUGCAGAAAGAAGAAACCAACUGAUUAAAAACCAACAAGGGCUGCAAUCUGAAAACGGUAAUGGCCUUUGAGUAAUGUCUGUAGAUAACCAAUAUUAAAAUGAAGAUAGAUAGAAAUAAUAGUACUUCAAAGAAAAAGAAAAUAGAUAAAUACAGGCAACAAGUUUAUUAUAAUAAAAUGGAAGAGAUGGGAAGUCAUUUAUUUAUGAAGAAUAUUAUGAUUUGAAUUACAUCUCUUUUCUUUUUUGUGUACAUGUAAUGUUUGAUGAUCUAAAAUGGACAACAACAAUAAUCACAAACAUUUUUUGGAUAGAUAUUUUUAUGAUGUAAAGUUAUGAUGUAAAGAUAUCAUUAUGAGCAAUAAAAAAAAAAGAUUUAAAACCAACAAGGAAAGUAUUUAUUGUGGGGAAAGUAUGGAAGCAAGAGAGAAGUAUCCCAGUUCUGUAUGCAAUACAAAGAAAUCCCAUUUCUUUGAGAGGGAAUCUGGUUCCUGGAGUGUUUCUUGGAUCAGGGUGUCCAUCUCUGACUCUCAGCUGAUUCUGCCUCUCUUCUUUUUCCAACAGAAAAUGUCACUCUGGAUCCAGACACAGCCCAUCCCAGGCUCAUCCUGUCCGAGGAUCGGAAAAGCGUGAGAUGGGGAGACAAAAAGCAAGCCCUGCCUGACAAUCCUGAGAGAUUCAGUGACUGGCCUUCUGUGUUGGGACGUGAGGGAUUCAAAGCAGGCAGACAUUUCUGGGAUGUCACUGUGGGAAGUGAGGGAGAAUGGGCUGUAGGGGUUGCCAGGAAGUCUCUGAGGAGAAAGGAUGACUUUCUCAUGAGAAUAAUUAAUACCUUCUGUGAGUUAAGUUAUGAGGAAGGGAUCUGGGCUGUGGGGAAAUUGAGAGGUAAGUACAGGGCCUGCACCUCCCCUGAUUCCUCUCCUUUGUCCCUAAGCGAGGAGCCCAGGAGGAUCCGGGUGACUCUGGACUGUGAAGCAGGGGAGAUGUCUUUUUCUGGUGCUGACUCAGGAGCUGAACUCUACACGUUCUCAGGAGCCUCGUUCUCUGGAGAGACCUUCCUCCCUUUCUUUUAUCUGAGGGGAGAUAAAAUCCACCUCAGGAUCUCCUAAGGAGGCUAAAUCUGCCUCACAGGAACAUUUGGAGUUUCUCUCCAAAUGAAAAUGACAGAUAUAAAACCAAACACCUCAAGAGCUCUUUUGACAGCUUUGCACAGGCCUUUUGAGAUGACUCACUCUAGUCACAAUCAGCAGAAGCAAGAAAACAGAGAAAAAAUGGGGCUAGUUUUUUAAAUUUUGUUUUAUUUUGUUUUAUUUGCUUUUUCCUUCCCUUUCCCGGAAUUCCCUCUGCAGGUUAUUUCUUAGAGACAAUAUCACUUUAACAGUCCCAGUAAAUAUUAUGUUCCUGAAUAGGAAUGCACUGACUUCAGUGGGGCUUUUGGCUGUUUAGAUGUGUUUAGCAUUACAGCCAAUGUGGUGUCCUUUGGAUGAGGCUGGACUCCAAUUCCCAUCUGCCUUGUCCAGCAUCUGAUCAGAGAUGAUGGGAUUGUAGUCCAGCAACUUCCAGAGGGCAUCACAUUUGCUGGCUGCUUCAGACCUUUUGCGUGUGAGGUGAUCGCAGUAACCACCAGAGUAGAGAAACUGUGCCCUGGCCUCUGGACUUGUUUCCAUCCCUCAGAUGAAAAUGCGCCUCUCCACCUGUGUGUGAGGAGAAGAGCAUACACCUGAAAUGAGGUGAAGGCCCAAGACAGGUGUUGAUCAUCAUGUGAGCUGCGCACAGGUGGUCUGAAGCGAGCUACCACCAUUCCUGUGGAGCCUCUUUUUAUUGAGACAAACAUGCAAGCUAGGCAAAUACAUCUUUGGGCUGUGACCUUUACACAUCUUCCGUCCCGAAAUCGUGGGGUGGUACAAAGCUAUUUUGGCACCUGUUUCCACAGCGUCAUUUUCUCCUUGCACAGUGUAUGACGUAGGAGACAAAAGGUCUCAGGGAAAAACUUACAGACAGGACACCGCUGACUUCUGAGACCGCAAUAGGUCAGACAUAGGUGGAACGAUGUACCAGACAGCUGUGGCUUGUCUGGGGGGGGGGGUUGCCCUGCACCCCAAGGUCACGCGUGCAGGCAGACGUGGCUGCUUGCCGGUGGGGAAGUGUGCUCCCUCCGGACCCCACUCUCCACUCCGCGAUAUCCCUACAUGAAAGACCUUCUGUUCCUGGAAGGGGGAGAGGGAGCAAAAAAGAAAGAAAACCCAGCUAGGAAUCUGACCUCAGCACCAAUUGUGGCACAGAAUCCUGACCACUAAACCAUGGUUGAGAAAAGCCUGGUUGAACUCCCUAGUCCAGCGAAAGGAUUCCCUGACAGGAAAUAGAUUGAGAAGACUGGUAAAAAAUGUGGGAAUGUUCAGGGAUGCAGGAGAGGAUAUAUUGUUUGAUGAUAUCCUUCCUAACUUGCGUUAGCAAGUUCUAUAUCUUAUCAGAGUAGCAUUCCCCUUUAAAUGCACAGAGGUAUGCUUGUUGCAGGCUCAUCUGAGCCUCUCAGUAUAAGAUUCCUGGUAAGAUCCCUUGUCCCUCUUAAAAAUAAUAGACACAACAGUCUUAUUAAAAUCUAUAUAAAAGUAGUUUACUCACAAUCAUUCAGUUCACAGUGUGAAAGAAAUUUUUUACUCAUAACUUAGUUUUGUUUCUAUUUAAUUUAGAUCCUGCCACUUCCCCAAAUUUUUGAAUUUUUUCUAUAACUCUAGGGAGAGAAUUUUUUGGAUCUUCCACUGUAAUUACUAAAUCAUCAGCACAUGCUUUCAAUUUAAACUCACUUUCCCCAGUUUUUAUCCCAGUGAUCUCUUUGUCUGCUCUUAUGUUUCUAGCAAAUACUUCCAGGACCAGAAUGAACAACAGCGGCGAUAAUGGGCAUCCCUGUCUAGUUCCUUUUUGUAUCUUACAGUUGUCCGUUAUCACCUGAUUUACAAUUAAUUUAGCUUUUUGUUCUGAAUAUAUUGCUUGUAUUCCCUUUAAAAAUUUGAAUCCACAAUAAUUUAUUCAAGUACUUUUGUCAUGAAAUUCCAAGAAACAUUGUCAAAGGCUUUUUCCGCGUCUAUAAACAUCAUUGCUGCUUUCUUUUCAUUUUUGACCUCCAGAUAUUCUAUCACAUUUAAUAUAUUUCUUAUAUUUUCUUUCAUUUGUCUACCUGGAAGAAAUCCUGCCUGAUCUUGAUGUAUAUACUCAUUUAAUAUUUUUUUCAUUCUAUUAGCUAAAAUGUUUGCAAAUAAUUUAUAAUCAUUGUUUAACAAUGAGAUAGGCCUUUAAUUUUUAAUUUGCAGCAAAUCUGAAUCUUGUUUUGGAAUUACUGUAAUGUAAGCCUCUUUCCAUGUUUCUGGGAUUUCACCUGUAUUUAAUAUCUCAUUCAUGACAUCUUUCAAUGGGUUUACCAAUUGUUCACUUAAUUUUUUAUAAUACUUUGCCAUUCAUCCAUCUGGACCCGGGGACUUGCCAUUUUUUUGUCCACUUUAUUGCCUCUAACACUUCUUGAGCAGUUAUUUGUGUGUUUAAGCUCACCAUUUGUUCCUCUUUUAUUUUUGGCAGAUUACUACCUUUAAUAUAUUCCUCUAUUUUAAAAGCUUUUUCCUUCCCUUUCCUAUACAAUUCUGAGAAAUAUUUUACAAAUGCUGCUCUUAUUUCCUUCAUCUUAUCUGUGAUCUUUCCAUUUAUAUUAAUUUUGUUUAUGGAGUUUCUUUGUUCACUUAUCUUCAACUGCCACGCUAGCAGUUUUCCUGAUUUGUUAACAAAUCUGGCUCUGCCUCUUGUGAACAGAACUUCCAUGAGCUGCCAUACUCACAUCCUCAAUAGGGAGGAGAUGCUACUCUGCCCCCUUCUUAGCGUAUGAAGCAGCCAGUCAGUUUCAUAAUCUGAAGGUCCUGAGUUGGAGCCUCUGAGAAGGCAACUUCCUCCUCUCGCUUCCUUUUUGCCAAGGGGUGUGUUCAGCUGCGCUCUCCAAGAAGGGAAAAGGGAAGACUGUGGGCGUCAUGGGUGGUGAGUUGGGAGUCUUGAUUGCUGUUAUCUAUCUAUAUUAAGCAUUUGCAAGUAAUAAGUAAAUAAAGAGAAAAACAUAUUCCUUGACCAGGAAUUGAAUGCAGACUGCAUCAAUGAGAGAAACAAAUUUUUAGAACCACAAGUAGAUUUUAAUCGGUAAUAUUUUUCAAUGUUAAACUAAGAAGAAUGUUUAAAUUAAAAAAGAACGAAUCCUCUGCUCAGAAAUGAUGUGGGCUUCAGGGUGAAAAUGUAGUGACCAAGUUUGCUCAGACAUUAAAUUGUUCGGCCUCUCGGAC